CUCCUCGUCAUCUCAUCUGCAGAUGUCAACACCAGCGUCGAGCCCGGAUUCACGUCGUUCUAUUUGAAAUGUCUGUAUUGCCCAUAGCAGGAUCACAAUGGGCUCUGCGCGCAGAGUGGCCGAGGAGUCUAUCGACCAUCUAAUACCGCGGCCACCUUACGACAACCUUCAGUACUUUGAUGAAAAAUCCUUAAACUUGAUUCGAAAGCAUCUUAAGCGACACGACUUUUUCAGGCCCUGGUGGGAUAGUCCCCGCCUGUACGCAUUGUUGCGCAUGCUGCGAUGUGAUGAAGACGCAAUACUGCGAUUCCAAAAUCACAACAUUAACGACUUCUGGCUACCUGUCGACGAAGACACCUUCAGCUCAAUCAGGACAAACGUUGAUUGGGAUGAGUUCAGACGUAUGCAGUUGUACGUCCUCUCCGACCAUGACCUUAUGAGCGAGGCGGAAUUACUUGAAACACCAAAUGUUCACCGACACCUCGAAUACGGCGAAGACUUCUUCGAAGAGGGAAGAACCCUUGGUGAAGGUACUUCUGCAAGGGUCUUCCAAGUGCAACAUGUCUCGCUAGACAAUCGCCAGGGGAGCUUCUAUGCAUGUAAGCGAGCGAUCCGCGGAAAAGGCAGACUCCAGGGAGACCGAGUACAACUGUUCAUCAAGGAGCUGCACAUACUGCGACGGAUUCAACACCCUCAUACACUACGAUUAGUUGCGAGCUACACAGAUUACUCCAACUUUGCCCUCAUACUUUCCCCAGUGGCUGACGAGUCACUGAAGGAGAUGCUUGAGAAUGCCGUUGUGCCUCUUUCGAGCGACGAAUACAUAUUACUUCGGCAGUCAUUUGCAUGCCUAGUAUCAGCUUUAUCGUACCUACACAAAGAGUUCAUACGCCACAAAGACAUCAAGCCUAGCAACAUAGUACUGAGCAAAGGACGAGUUUAUCUAUGUGAUUUUGGGGUAUCAAACGAUUGGACCGGCAGCGACCCUACUACGGAGGGACCAUCCCAUCUCACUCCUGGUUACUGUGCGCCGGAAGUUCUGAAUUACGAGCAGCGUAACGAUGCUUCAGAUGUGUGGUCAAUGGGACGCGUUUUCUGCGAGAUCUUCACGGUCGCAGCGGGCAGGCCAUUGCGUAACUUGCUUGAGCGCAUAGGGGGUGACUUACAUGGGAUAUACAGAGCUGAGGGGCUCGGGGCCAUGGAUGACUGGAUAUCUGAGUUAAGAUUGGAAGAGGCGGAGACGCCAACUAUUUUCCUGCGUCAUGUCAUAAGACGAAUGAUGGCAAAUGAACCAGCACAGCGACCCAAAGCGAGGCAGUUACUGACGGAAUUCAGCACGCAAUGGCCGUACGUCAAUGAAUGUUGUCAAGAAGCUUAUGGUCGUAAGAAGACCCCGAUGGCGCCCAUAUUGCCGAGUCUACCCAGCUUGUCACAGCGUGUUUUCCGUACCGUCUCCUCUUCUACUACAACGAAUGCUACACCUCAGCAACCUACUACUCCAUUAAUAUCUGCGCCUGCAGAUAGUCUAAUGUCACCUCACAGGCUGGCUAGUCGGGACAAUGUGGAUACCACAUCAGCUUCUGGGCUUGGUCUGAGUCUAUUUCCUGAUCGGCGUCCCACCAUUACAGACUGCUCUACAAGUGCUGGAUCGCCAGAACUUAAGCAAGUGGAUACCUGGUCUUCCGGUUCUGCAACAUCCCGUCACACUCCUCGCACCUCAUCAGUGGGACAGAAUGAUCGACGAUUAAGCUAUGGUGCCUCGUCCAUACAAUCACCCCAACUUGUGAGAUGGUCGAGUGGCCUCGUACUGCCACCAAAGCCACAGUCUGUCAACAACACCAUUACAUGCAAUUGCGCCGCGCGACAGAAAAGCCCAAGAUUGCGGGAGCACCUUGUUCUUAGUGUCACCGGCGUUGAGGUUUCCAAUCAAAUCAACCAACCCACAAUCGAAUUCAACCCUAGUUGCGACCUCCGACAAAAUACUCUGCAUGUUUACGAAUCGUAUUCACGGCAGAGUACUGACGCAUACAGAAUCUGGCUGAAGACGCGUCGACUGGUUGUCAGUCAGAUGUCAGGUAGCGCUUCCAAACAGUGUUGCAGCUCUUUCUGGUUACCUCUGACCGACAUCUCGUCUGCCAUAGAGCGGAAUCACCUGACAUUACGGUGGUCUGAUUGCAACCAGUGGAAGGCUCAGCCUCCGAGGAAUAACAAACAGAGUUACGACUGCAUUUACGAUCCCGAUAAUCUGAACAACGAGAUCACCAUAUCAUUCGUCGAUAAUGAGGCCGCCUUAGCGUUUCUUCAUAACCUCAGCGUGGUCUACAACGACGUCAAUGGUGUUCAGCAGUGGCGCAGUGUCGAGAUCAUCGAUCAGCAGAGACUGUUGGCUGUCGAGGUACGAGAACAGAACACACUUGCAUAUCGCAUAGCUUGUGUUGCUACCUACGACACCCUUUCACACAGUCAUCUUCAAUUAUUCAUCCACUGGCCGGACAUUGACCUGGACAUCCGUAUAGAAUUCAACCCGAUGAGUGCUCAGCGCAGUAUGAUCGUCCGCUUUGCUCAAGUCUCAACCCCAAACUACAUAUCUUCCGUGACUAGCGAGCCAUGGAUCGAUGAGUCCAAAGUCGCAGAGUGGGCCGCAAGCAAUCUUGUACUCAGCACCUACUGCUUGGUGUUUCCCUUCGACCCAAGCAGCCCCUUGCGGCUCCCCCAAGGCGUCAAACAAACACUGCAAUAUCUUACCGGCUGGAAUCUGUGCUUCUUUGCGCCCAAUGUACACCUUGCGAAACAAGCCCUCCUCCGCCCAACCCCUUACGGCUUCGCAGACGUGCUCCUCUGGACGCGCGGCCGAAAUUCCGAAAACGAAACGCGUAUGGAUGUUACGAUUACGUUCCGCCUCCGCCAUCCCGGGUCCAGUUAUCUAUGGCGCUCUGCAUCUGUUGAUAUCACAUCCUCUCUCAAACAGUCUUUCACACUGACUACUGCCGCUCUCCUUGUAUCCCACAAGACGCACGGCGAUGCGCUGCAUACGCCCAGUAUGACAGCCGUUGAUGCGACCACCAGCGGGCUGAAGACAACAGGUAAAUCCGCCACGGAAUCAAAGUCCGCAAGCAAAAGAACGGGCCUCGCGCUGAGGUUUGCUGAUUCAGGAGACCUGAGAGCGUUUGUGGGCGUACUUGCUGGGUUGCAGAGGGGGGGAGGAGCAGAACAAGAGGUACAUGGGGAAGGGAGGGUAAGACAGGGGAGUGCGAUGACAGGGAGUGAGGGACAGCGGGUGAGUAGUAUGGUGGCUAGAGUGGAGAAGGAGGGGGAUGUAUUGUAGAAAUACGUGGAGAGGGGGUUGAAGAGCGACGUAAGGGAGUGUGGACAGUACGAGAGAGCUUGCUGUUGUAUUGGGUUCUAUGUGCUGUGCUGCAGUGUUGGGACGGUAACGAUGUAGGUUUCGGAUGUUACCGCAGAUGCUGAGUUUUAGAUGUUAUAUGUUGAUACCCUUCCUGAUGUUGUAUUAGAUUAGAAGCAUACAAUGAUUGCCAGUUGUACAUGUCACCCUGAUUUAGU